AUGACCACCCUAGAAUCCCAAAUCUCAGCCCACCUCCACACCACCAAAGCUCUCCCCGUCUCCCCAACCUGGCUAAACGGCUUCGUCUCCUCCACCACGACCGCCCUACAACGCAACGUCCCCAUCUCCGCCCUGACGCAAACCGCACUCUUCCGCAUCCUGGCCUCGGACUUCCGCGACUCCCUGCAAACCGAUAACCCAUCCGCCCUGCUUCCGGGCGACAUUUUCGACCCCUCCGUGCAGGAACGUCGGCUCCCGGGCCCCGUCCCCGUCCAGGUGUUGGAUAUCGAGGACAUCGGCACGAGUCUGUGGAGUCAGGUCGAGGCGAUCGAGCGCGUCGAGCGUGGGGAGGCGAUCCGCGGACGGGAGAUUGUCAGGGCUGUUAAUGUUGGUGGUGGCGGUGGUGGGGGCGAGGGUGAUGAGGAGGAAGGGGGUGGAAGCGGAAAUGCUGCUGGUGCUACUGCGUCGUCCGAGAAUGAAAGUCAUGGUCCGCAUCGGUUGAUUGUACAGGACGCGGCGGGGACGAGAGCUGUGGCGAUUGAACUGAAGCGCGUUCAGGGGAUCUCGGUGGCUAAGCUGGCGAUCGGGGCGAAGAUGGUCAUACGGAAUGCGACGGUGGCGCGCGGGAUGAUCUUGCUCACGCCGGACUGCAUCACGCUACUGGGAGGGAAGAUUGAGAGUAUGGAUCAAGCGUGGAAAGAGGGGAGGAAGGCUAGGUUGUUGGCGAGGAUUACGGAGAUGCGAGGUGAGGAUCAGUCGUCAGGUUGA